AAAAAAAAAAAAAAAAAGGAUAAUACAUAUAUCAAUACAAGCUCUAAGAGAUGAACAGCGCCACCUCUAAUCGCCGCUUUGAUGUGCUGGGAGCUGCACUAAGAGGAAAGUGGGAUGCCAUCAUAAGUUUUUAUAACUUCCAGCAAAUGGAACCACUAUCUGAUAUCGAUAGCGAAGGGGAUAACACCAACGUUCUAGUUAGUAGUGUCUCUGGAGAUACCAUUCUUCACAUGUGUGCACUAUGCUGCCAAACUGAUAUUAUGAACCAACUGUUGAGAAUAAUGCCGGCGGCAAAAAGGUUACUGUCGGUACCUAAUAGGAAAGGGAACACAGUGUUACAUGAGGCAGCCAGGACGGGUAUUGUAGAGAUGGCAAUGUUAAUCUUAAAGAAAGAAGUAGAUGGCGGAGGAGAUCAAGUGUUGAUAUCAGUUUCCAACUUAAACGGUGAGACACCUAUAUACUGGGCAGCAAUGUAUGGACAUAAAGACAUGUUGUUAUUUCUAAAUAUAACUGCUACUAGCAGAAGAAUCACAAGCAAAUUCACAUCUCCAUCAAUGGUUGGCCCAUUAACAAUGAGGACUGAUGGAUCAACAAUUCUUCAUGCUGCUGUUCUUGCGGAAUUUUAUGAUAUCGCACUGGAGAUCAUGGAGAUUUACCCAGACCUUGCUUCUGGCAGAAAUGGCGAUGGGGCCAUGGCCUCUCAUUUGUUAGCACUCUCACCUUCUUCUUUCAAGAGUGGAACUAUGUAUUCUCGACAGUACCUUGGGACCACACUAUUUGUUUUGGCCACAAAGGUUGUAAAUAUUAUAUACACAUGGAUCCCCAUCGAGAGCUAUGGGACACAUGAUAGAUUACAACCAGAGUCCUCACGUAAGGAAAAGUUCGGGCAUUACUUCAGAUGGCUAUGUAGAGCUUUUUGGCGUUUGCCUGUUAUCAAAAUCAUUUACAAUGCAAAACUCAAGCACUCUUAUGCACUACAACUCCUUUGGAAGUUACUUGAAAAAGAUUAUGGUCAAUGGACGAUGACUUAUGACGACCCUCCCCUGCAGUACCAACAUCCUUCGACAAUAAAUAACAAAGUUUUAGAGAGACCAAUAAUCUUGGCAACUAAGUUGGGCAUCAUAGAGAUGUUAAAAGAAAUAAUUGAAAUGUAUCCGGAGUCAAUUGAAGUGACAGAUGAAGAAGCUGGAAGAAAUUUGUUGCACUUAGCCGCGGAAUAUAGACAUGAGUCCAUAAUAAACUUCUUGAAGUCAUCGUCAACUAAUUCAAAGAGGAACUUGGACAUGUUAGUCGUGGGAAUUGAUAAAGAUGGUAAUUCCCCACUUCACGCUGCUGCUAAGCUUGGAACACAUAAACCGUGGCACAUUCGCGGAGCAGCACAAUGGAUGCAAUGGGAGUGUGUUUGGUUUCAGCGCGUAAAACGUUUACUUCCACCACAUAUGUUGAUUAUGAAGAACUGCAACAACCAAUAUGCUUAUCAAGUAUUCACUGAAACUCAUAGAGAUCUAAGAGUAGAAGGUGAGAGAUGGUUAAAAGAAGCAUCAAAUAUUUGUAUGUUUAUAUCGGCUUUAAUAGCAACUGUGAUGUUUGCAUCCGCCUUCACUUUACCUGGUGGAAACGACUCACAUUCAGGUCGUCCAGUCUUACUCAAGAACCAAGAUUUUGUACCAUUUCUUCAUUACGUAGGUUUAUCUUUGUUCUUUUCUCUUAUAUCUUUGGGUAUGUUUUUCUCUAUCCACACCGCUCCCUUUGAGGAACACGAAUUCUUUUUACGGUUGCCUUUAAGGGUGGUGUUUGCUGCAACUGCUUUCGUCAAUUCCGUUACUUUCACGGUAUGUGCGUUCUUCCAAACGUGGAUGCUUAUAAGUGGCUGGACAUUCCCUUUAGGCCUGCUUUGCUUUGAUAUUGGAUUAGCUUCUGUUGGGGUUGUCUUCAUUGCGGAAUUAUUCCCGGACAUCAUCGUGGGCUUUAUCUCUUACUUGCUUGACAUUCUUUUCAUUUAGCAAGGAACUGUAGUUACAGUACGGAUGGAAAAAUCAUCUUCCAGUGUAAAUGGAAUAAUGUGCUAGACAUUCUCCUAUUACCCGUUUUCUUUAGUGUUUUGUUUUUGUGCUGUUGUUUUUGUUUUGUUGUUUGCUUGUAAUUCUGAUUUAUGAUGAUGCCUCUCCGGCCGGUGAAAGUCAGUUUUGGAUA